ACGGGGACCGACAUGAAGCUGCUGCGUCCCUCCAGCCCCGAGAGCCACUACGAGACCCUGCGGCACCUCUACCAGGGCUGCCAGGUGGUCCAGGGCAACCUGGAGCUCACCUACCUGCCCCCCGGCGCCGACACCGCCUUCCUCAAGGACAUCAAGGAGGUGCAGGGCUACGUGCUGAUCGCGGAGAACCAAGUGAGCCAGUUGGAGCUGCAGAACCUGCGCAUCAUCCGGGGCACCCAGCUCUUCCAGGAGCGCUUCGCCCUGGCCGUGCUGGGCAACUCGGGCCCCGCCGGCUCCCCGGGGCUGCGCCAGCUGGGCAUGAGGCACCUCACAGAGAUCCUGAAGGGGGGGGUGCGCAUUGAGAGGAACCCCCAGCUCUGCUUCCAAGAGACCAUCCUCUGGUCCGACAUCUUCCACCGGCACAACGAGCUCCGCGGCGAGACCCAGGUGGAGAGCAACCGCACCCUGUGCUAUGGGCUGGGAGUGGAUUUCCUGAAGGGCGUCCGUGCUGUCAACGCUUCCAACAUCCAGCACUUCCGUGGCUGCACCAAGAUCUUUGGCAGCCUGGCCUUCCUGCCCGAGACCUUCACGGGGGACCCCAGCACCAACACACCACCCCUGGACCCCAAACUGCUGCAGAACUUCGAGAACCUGGAGGAGCUGACGGUCCAGACCCACAACAAGCCCCCCGAGCAGUGCGAGAGCGAGGGGCUGGUCUGCUUCCACCUCUGUGCCCACGGGCACUGCUGGGGCCCCGGCCCGACCCAGUGCGUGGCCUGUGAGCGGUUCCUGCGUGGCCAGGAGUGCGUCGCUUCCUGCAACCUCCUGGAUGGAGCCAUCCGGGAACACGCCAACGGGACGCGGUGCCUGCCCUGCCACCCUGAGUGCCAGCCCCAGAACGGCACCGAGACCUGCUUCGGAUCGGAUGCAGACCAGUGCGUGGCCUGUGCCCACUACAAGGACGCGCAGCAGUGCGUGCGGCGCUGCCCCAGCGGGGUGAAGGCUGACGCCUCCUUCGUGCCCGUCUGGAAGUACCCAGACGAGGAUGGCAUCUGCCAGCUCUGCCCCACCAAUUGCACCCACUCGUGCACGAUCCGGGACGAGGAUGGAUGUCCUGUGGACCAGAAGCCAAGCCAGGUGACAUCCAUCAUUGCUGGGGUAGUGGGGGCUCUGCUGGUCGUUCUCCUCCUGCUCAUCACCGUGUUCUGCGUCAAGCGCCGGCGGCAGCAGGAGCGGAAACACACCAUGAGGCGCCUGCUGCAGGAGACCGAGCUGGUGGAGCCGCUGACACCCAGCGGGGCCCUCCCCAACCAAGCCCAGAUGCGGAUCCUCAAGGAGACCGAGCUCAAGAAGGUCAAAGUUUUGGGCUCCGGUGCUUUCGGCACCGUCUACAAGGGCAUCUGGAUCCCUGAUGGGGAGAGCGUGAAGAUCCCAGUGGCCAUCAAGGUCUUGCGGGAGAACACGUCACCCAAAGCCAACAAGGAGAUCCUGGAUGAGGCCUACGUGAUGGCAGGGGUGGGCAGCCCCUACGUGUCCCGGCUGCUGGGUAUCUGCCUGACCUCCACGGUGCAGCUGGUGACGCAGCUGAUGCCCUAUGGCUGCCUCCUGGACUACGUGCGGGAGAACAAGGACCGCAUCGGCUCCCAGGACCUGCUCAACUGGUGUGUGCAGAUUGCCAAGGGGAUGAGUUACCUGGAGGAGGUGCGGCUGGGGCACAGGGACCUGGCCGCUCGCAACGUCCUCGUCAAGAGCCCCAACCACGUCAAGAUCACGGACUUCGGGCUGGCCCGGCUGCUCGACAUCGACGAGACCGAGUACCACGCUGACGGGGGCAAGGGGGGGCCUGGGGGCGUCCCCAUCAAGUGGAUGGCACUGGAGUCCAUCCUCCGCCGGCGCUUCACCCACCAGAGCGAUGUCUGGAGCUACGGGGUCACCGUGUGGGAGCUGAUGACCUUUGGAGCAAAGCCCUAUGAUGGGAUCCCUGCCAGGGAGAUCCCUGACCUGCUGGAGAAGGGAGAGAGGCUGCCACAGCCACCCAUCUGCACCAUCGACGUCUACAUGAUCAUGGUGAAAUGCUGGAUGAUUGACUCUGAGUGCCGGCCCAAGUUUCGGGAGCUGGUCACCGAGUUCUCCCGCAUGGCCCGGGACCCCCAGCGCUUCGUGGUCAUCCAGAACGACAUGGUAGGGCUGCCCGGCUCCAUGGACAGCACCUUCUACCGGGCCCUGCUGGAGGAGGAGGACAUGGACGACCUGGUGGAUGCCGAGGAGUACCUGGUCCCUCACCAGGGCUUCUUCAGCGCUGAGACCUCCACCACCUACCGCAGCCGCAUCUCCUCCACACGGAGCACAGCAGAGACCCCAGUGGAUGCAGAGGAGGGUGAGGGCUUGGCUGCCUUCUCCUUCCCCCCCCAGGGCCUGCCCGAGGGGCCAGAGGGGCCCGUGCCAGAGGUGCCAGAGGGGGAUGGGGGGGCCAAGGGGCCCCGGCAGAGCCCGUCGGCGCGGGAGCCCGGGGCCCUGCCACGCUACAGCGAGGAUCCCACCGGCACAGCGGCUGAGGACAGCGAGGAGCCCGAGUGCUUCACCACCCCAGCCCCCCACAUCACCAUGCCAGAGUAUGUGAACCAGGCCGGGGAGCAGCGCUCGCCGCCCCGGUGCCCCCGCACACCCCCCUCCCCACCAGACAAGCACAAGGGGCACCAGGGUAAGAACGGGCUCAUCAAGGAGGCCGCCCCCGGCGCACCCACCCCCAGCCCCUUCAGCCAAGCCUUCGACAACCCCUACUACUGGAACCAGGACCCUCCGAAGGGGGGUGGCCCCGAGGGAGGCCCUGGCACGACACCCACAGCAGAGAAUCCCGAGUACCUGGGCCUGGCCGGCCCCGACGACACGGCCGCGUAG